AUGGCUGAAAUCACCCGUUCAUGUCUCAAAAUUGUUCAGGAGAAAGGUACCAAUCGUCCAUCAUCCGCUAAACAAAUUGUAGACAUCCUUCGGAUUCGAUAUGCAUAUUUAUCAGGUGGUCGUUAUUGUGGAUCACCAAUAAUUAUCUUUCCUGCAUCUAGCCAAAAAUUCGACUUUGAUUCAGAUGAUAAUCAAAAAACGGUUACUGAAGAAGAAUUAGAGAUACUUAUUCGUUAUUUAAUGCGGUCUAUUAGUGAGCAUGACCGGGAGAAUGGCUUUGUAUUCGUUUUGGAUAGAAGGAAGUCGUCAUCUGUAACAAUUAAAACAUUACUACGGACCAUUGAGACUUUAUUUCCAACAGAAAUCAUUAAGUUAUAUGUACUCAGAUCUCCGAAAACUUAUAAGAAAAGACUAGCGGAAAUUGGAAGACAGUCAACAAGACCAAAUUUCUCAAUCAAUGUUGUUUAUGUACAUUCAUUAGAAGAAUUACAUCAAGAAAUCAAUAUAGACCAACUAUCAACUGAACUAGGAGGUACCUUAAAUUAUGAUCACGAUUUCUGGAUCCUUCAUCGCAUGAAAUUAGAACAUCUUCAUCGACGUGGUCUAAAUAUAUCAUCGAAAUUAGAGAAAUUUGCUGCCCAGAUAUCUAUCGACUGCCAAAAUGUUAUCAAACAUGGUCGACUAUUCGAUCAAGGAGAUGAAACAACUGAUGCAAUCGAGAAUGUAUUAAAUAAAAAAAGAACCGAGCAAGAUCAGCUUAUUAAAGAUCUGGAAUUAUCUAUUGAAGAUAUUGAAUCAUUUCAAGACGAUUACACGUGCAAAAAUAGCGAUAAUGUCAACAUUGAAGAUGCAAGUGUGGACUUCUUAGCAACAGUUUCUAUUGUGAAAAAUCUGUUAGCACAAUUGGACGAAACUAAAGUAGCUUUUAUUGAUUUAUGGCAAAACAAAGUUUCGGUUCUAACGCAACACUUUCAACGAAGGCAGUGUGAAACUGGAUCUAACCUGUUGGUUCAAUCGUUGACUGAAUAUGCUAAAGUCCUCACAUCGGAAGUAGAUAUUGGUGAUUCUAGUAAGCGUACGAACAAUUUAUUGAAAAAUUUGAAAAAGUUUGAAAGUAACGCCCAAGUUACUUGCGAACGAGUGUUAUGUUUAGGAGAUGAGAUAAGACAGUUAUUGAAAAGACCACAUUACGCAGCUGAUCGAUUACAAGCAUGUUUGAAUCGAUUAUUAACCGCAUCGCAGGAUUUUUCAGUUAAAUUAACGGAAAGAAAACAAAAUUUAAAGGCAGCACUCGCCUUACAUCAAUGUAUAGAAGAAGUAUUAGAGUGGUGUAAUGAAACGGUGACGUUGUUAGCUAAACAAGUCGACGAUUUUGAAUCAGAAGAUAGUGCUGAAGAAUGGGUGCAAAGAUUACAAGACUGCACUGAAAAAAUGAAUCAGUUCAACAUCAAUUUAUUACAAGACACUGAAGAGAAAUAUCCUUUCAUAACUGAUAAAGAUAUUCACUCUCAUGCCUUGAAAGCACUAGAAAGAUAUCUUCAAGUCAAAGGUAUGUGUGGUAAGAGAAGGAAUACAAUCCGGCAACUUGUCCAAAAUCGAGGUUCGAUAAAGAAUUUGGUGUCACCUUCAUCUCAGCCAUCAUUUAAUCUUGUUCGAUCUAACACCGAUGUGGGACGACGAACAGUUUCAAUUGAUGGCAAUAAUAUUAUUGUUGAAGAGAGUGAAGGAACGUGUCCGAAAAGUGCCCCUUAUAGCAUUGCUAAUAGUGCUUUAACUAGUCGAAGCUCCAGUCAAACAAACAUCCAUUUGCUAUCCUCAGCAGAUGUUUAUAAUGAAGGAGAUACCGAUGCUUAUAAAAGAAAAUCGGUUUUACUAUCAUCUAGACUUUCCUCUGCACUUUUAGUGGAAACGUUGCAGGAAAGUUUGCAAGCAAUUAUAGAGAAUGAAGUAGACACAGAAACCGACGCAAAUGUUCUUAAACAGAGAGGACAAAUUAUCAACGAGCUUAUUGAAACUGAAAAAUCUUAUAUUAAUGACUUAAGAAGCGUUAUAACGGGUUAUUACGACGAAAUGGAUAAUCCUGCAGCAAAACUCCCGCAAGCUAUACGUGGUAAAAAGAAUAUUUUAUUUGGCAAUAUAAGACAGCUGUACAACUUUCAUCACAGAGUAUUUCUAAAAAAGUUGGAAGAACAUCGUGACAUACCAGCCUUAGUUGGACGGUGCUUUACAGCAAAGAAAAAUGAAUUCAAAAUGUACACCGUUUACUGCAAGAAUAGACCAAGUUCUGAAGCCCUAUGGGAAGAAAUUGGAGGCAUAGACCAUCCGUUUUUUUUAGAGUGCCAAUCAAAACUUAAACAACAACUUCCGUUAAACAGUUACUUGAUAAAACCAGUUCAACGAAUAACAAAGUAUGGACUUCUACUUAAGGAUUUACUUAAGCAUACUAAGAACUCACAAUGUGGGUCAGCCGAUCUCAAGGACGCUCUCGAUUUUUUGAAAAUUUUACUAAAACAGUCUAAUGACGUCAUGCAUCAGAUAGCAAUUAAAGGAUUUAAGGGUAAUCUUGCAGUGCAGGGAGGUCUCAUAUUACAGGGAUCCAUGCAAGUAUGUGAAGUAAAUAAACGUGGAAUUAGACUAAGUGUGCGCCGUCAUAAGUCCCAAAGGCAUGUCUUUCUGUAUGAAAAAAUGAUACUAUUUACGAAGAAACAGGAAGAAUGUUACGAUGACGGCAGUAAAAAAUACAUUUAUAAAUAUAAAAGUGACUUAAAGCCGUUAAAGGCCAUUUACGAACGUAUAUUGCUUAAAAGUAGUUUUCUAUUUUUACAGACUUGUGACAUCGGGAUGACGGAAAGUGCCAAAAAUCAACCUCUGGCAUUCGAAAUAUGGAUGCCUGGACAACCCAAGGUCUACAUUAUUCAGGCUUCCACUCCAGAAGAGAAAGAAAGUUGGGUUAAUGAAAUUAGGCAGCUUCUAUUUAAUCAAUUAACUACGAUCAAAGGAAUUGUUGCGGAGCAAACCGAAGCGCGACUUACCCAUUUACACCCUGGAAGCUAUAGUAAUGAAUCAUACUUCGACGAUAAAAUGUGGGAUAGGAAUGAUAAUGAUUCCGAUAGUCCACCCGUAUCUUCUACGCCUGCUAGUGAAGAAAUCAUAAUUUAG